AUGGACGUCAAGAACGCCUUUCUUCAAGGUGAGCUUGAAGAAGAAGUCUACAUGACUCCCCCACCGGGUCUUGAGGACAUCGUCACUCCAGGCCGCGUCUUACGUCUCCACAAAGCCAUCUAUGGCCUCAAGCAGCUCCACGGGCUUGGUACCACAAACUCACCUCUGUUCUCAAAGCUAGUGGCUUCAAGCUUCUUAGGCAUUGAAAUUUGCCGCUCUCCGGAGGGGCUCUUUCUUUCACAAAGGAAGUAUACCCUUGAUCUCUUGGCUGAAACAGGAAAGCUCGGUGCCAAACCUGCGCGCACUCAACUUGAUGAGGACUACCAGCUCAAGCGAAAGGGGGAGAGUCUUAGGGCCAGAGAGGGCAAACCGCGUGAACCCAUGGAUGAGCCAUAUGAAGAUGUCACUCGAUAUCGACGCCUUGUAGGUAAGCUGAUAUACCUCACUAUCACACGACCUGACAUAUGUUAUGCUGUGAAUCAGGUGAGCCAACAUAUGAAGGCCCCAACCAAGUACCAAUGGAGCAUGGUGGAAAGGAUCCUAAGCUAUCUUAAGGGUAGCCCGGGCCAAGGCAUAUGGAUGGGCAAGAAUGAAAACACUGAGAUUGUGGGCUAUUGUGAUGCUGACUAUGCUGGAGAUACCUUGGAUAGGAGGUCAACCACGGGGUACUGCACAUUCGUAGGAGGGAACCUAGUUACAUGGAAAUCAAAGAAGCAAAAAGUUGUCUCUUGUUCGAGUGCCGAAGCCGAGUAUCGAGCAAUGAGGAAGCUAACCAAUGAGCUGAUUUGGUUGAAGGGACUUCUUAAGGAUCUUGGCAUUGAAUCAGAGAAACCAAUCACCAUGCACUGUGACAAUGAAGCUGCAAUCCAUAUAGCUACCAACUCAGUCUUUCAUGAGAGAACCAAACACAUUGAAACCGAUUGCCACAAG